UCACAUUUCAAAUAAUCUAUUAAUGCUUGUUGAUUCAUCCAUGAGAACAGAAAAUCUGCCAUUUAUCUGCUUGAUAUACUGGCAAAUUUUCUUUUUUUCAUAUUAGUGGCUACAGUUGAAGUCAGAAGUUCACAGACACCAUAGCCAAAUGCAUUUAAACUCAGUUUUUCACAAUACCUGACAUUUAAUACUAGAAAACAUUCCCUGUCUUCGAUCAGUUGGGAUCAUUGCUUUAUUUUAAGAAUGCGAAAUGUCAGAAUAAUAGAAGAGGGUGUAAAAGUGGUUUACCAGGAUAUUGUCUACAUUAGAGGGUGUGAGGUAUAAUGAGAGGUUGGACAAACUUGUUUUUUUUCUCUCCAGAGCGACGCAGGACAUUUAUAAGAUUACGAGAGGAAUAGAUAGAGUAGACAGACGUUAUGAUUUUCCUGGGGGUUGAAAUGUCUGAUACAGUUAACGUGAGAGGAGAUGUGAGGGACAAGUUUGUUUCUUUCCACAGAGUGGUGGGUAGCUGGAGUGCUCUGUCAGGAGUGAUGGUAGACUCUACCGGUCCCGUAACCCCAUUUUCCCCUCCCAUUCAACCGCAGAUGUAACAAUCUCUUCACGCAUGCUGUGUCUCCGGAUGAUUGGUGUUUUUUUUCCUUUUUGCUCAGUGUUGAAGUGGAUUGUCUUCAGGAUUGGGGAAGUGUCCACGCCUCCGGGGCCGGGGAGCCAGGGGUCGGGGUCGCUGUCAGCGGGCCGAUGAUAUCACUUUCCCCUUGGAGUAUUGAGACCGAUCUGGAGCGGGGAGAUCUGGUGUCAGCCAUGAGCCCUUACCUGGCCUCAUUAAAAAUGUGUAGACUUCUCUUCAUCUGCAUUGAAUGAUCCAAACAUGGAGUCAAGAUUGUCUAUUUCUGCAGAUUUGAAAUUGAAGACCCACCAAAAUGUCACGUGAAGCUGUUUACCGCAGAUCUGGCCUGCCCUCUGCUUUGUGACAUAAGAUCGCAUGGUGUGUGCGCAUAGUCCCUGGAUGGGUGGUGAUGCUUCCUCCAUGUUGUGUUGGGAUAUCUGAUGUUGGCCACGGAGUCCCUUUAACUUCCCUCAAACUGCCUCACAUCCUGAGGCUCCUCGCAUUUGUCCUUGAGAUUUAUGGCUGUUGUGUCUUCUCCCGAACUGGGGUGGGUGAGAAACAUCCAUGUUGUGUGAUCUUUGAUUUCACUGCCUGCUUUACCGAGCGACUGGGAAGCCUAGAUGGGAGAAUGGUUUCUCUGAUGUGCUGAUCUGUAUCCAAAGGUCUCUGCAGUUCCUCGCAGUCACGGGCAGAGCAGUUACCAUGCAAAGCAUGAAGUGUCUGGAUGGGAAACUUUCUAUGGUGUGUUGAUAAAAAUUUGGUGAGGGUCAAAGUGUAAAUGCCAAAGUUCUUGUUGUUUGUUCUAACUUUGUCAUUUUAGGAUCUUUUUAUACAGUAGUAUGUACUAUUCAUUCACUAUCUGUGUAUUGCUGGAGGAUCAUCAGUGAUUGUCCGUGAUCCCUUCUCCCACCUGGUUCCAUCUGGUCAUUCCCUGCCCAUCUUGUUCAACCUCUGUUCAGUCUCCUCACCCCGACUUCAGUGAGAAACAUCAACCAUCUGGGUUAACCUCGGUCCACCCUGUAUCCCACCUCCGCAAUGUUAUAUAUCAGCAAUCUUUCUUCUAAACUUUUUUUCACUGUGAAGUGUUCUUUUGCACUUUUGGCCGUGCUGAGUUAUUUCCAGAAUCGAUUUUUGUUAGCUGGAAUGCCGGAGGGUCAUCAGGUACCAGUUCUGUUGUGCAUUGGUGUGGAGGUGCUAGUUUUUGAAGUGACUGGCUGACACCCUACAGCAUUUUACUGGCAGCAAAGAGUACUGGGAGAGUUGGUGCUUGGGCUCUAAUCCUGUGAUCUACAUUCCAGGCAUAUGGAACUGUCGGUGUUUUGGCUUUGACUUUGGUUAGUGCUUCUACAGAUGGGGCUGGAUGGUCGUCCUUCUGCAAUGAAGCAGAAAUUUCAAGCUGCUGGACAUUGGUUGUGGGGAAAUCCCGGAUUGCACUACCCAGUCUGAGAUGUGGGGACAAUGAAUGAGACUCUCAGGACCUGCGGUGAGAGAUUUAUUGGAAGAGAAACACCAACUGGAAGCAAACCACGACUGAAGAUGAGGGAAGAGCAACAAGUGAACCAACCCAAGGAUUGAGAGCAUCAAUUACAGAGGACCCAACGGACUUGGAGAUUCCAGUGAUUCAGUCAGGAGAAAGUUUGGUUGAAAAUGAUGAGGAAUUCGUCUACUGGAAUCUCAAACAGAUCACGCCAGUUUUGCUGUCUCUGACCAGAUAUUUAAGAAGUGGAGCAAGGGAUUCACUUCAUCUUCCUUCCUACUCAGACUGUGGGGAGGGAUUCACUCGAUCAUCUGACCGACUGGCACGCCCGUUAUUUUAUAUGGGGGAACCCAUUCACCUGCUCAGACAGUGGGAAUGGAUUCAGUUCGUCAUCUCAACUGAAGGUACAUCAGCAAGUUCACACUGGGACAAGGCCAUUCACUCGUUCUGUGUGUGAGAAGGGAUUCAGUCGGUCUUCCCACUUGUGGACACACGAGUCAGGUCACACUGGGCACAUGGUGGUCAUCUGCUGAAUUUGUGGGGAAAAAUUCACUUGGUCAUCUGACAUAAUGGCUCACCAGUGAGUUCACACCGGGGAGCGGCCGUUCACCUGCUCAGACUGUGGGACGGUAUUCACUUGCUUAUCUGACCUAAUGGCUCAUCUGCGAGUUCACACUGGGGAGAGGCCAUUCACCUGCUUGGACUGUGGGAAGGGAUUCACUCGGCCAUCUAAACUACUGGUACACAAGUCAGUUCACACUGGAGAGAGGCCAUUCACCUGCUUGGACUGUGGGAAGGGAUUCACUUGCUUAUCCCAACUGAAGGUGCAUCAGCGAGUUCACACUGGGGAGAGGCCGUUCACCUGCUCAGACUGUGGGAAGGGAUUCACUCGGUCAUCUGACCUAAUGGUACACCAGCGAGUUCACACUGGAGAGAGGCCAUUCACCUGCUCAGACUGUGGGAAGGGAUUCACUCGGUCAUCUCAACUGAAGGUACAUCAGCGUGUUCACACCGGGGAGAAGCCAUUCACCUGCUCAGACUGUGGGACAGGAUUCACUCAGUCAUCCUCGCUAAUGAAACACCAGCGUGUCCACACCGGGGAGCGGCCGUUCACCUGCUCGGACUGUGGGAAGGGAUUCAUUUGCUCAUCUAACCUGAAGACACAUCAGCAAGUUCACACUGGCGAGAGGCCAUUCACCUGCUCAGACUGUGGGAAGGGAUUCAUUCGGUCCUCUUACCUAAUAGCUCACCAUCGAGUUCACACAAGGGAGCGGCCGUUCACCUGCUCGGACUGUGGGAAGGGAUUCAUUUGCUCAUCUAACCUUAAGGUACAUCAGCAAGUUCACACUGGCAAGAGGCCGUUCACCUGCUCAGACUGUGGGAAGGGAUUCCCUUGCUCAUCUCAGCUGAUGGUACAUCAGCGAGUUCACACUGGGGAGAGGCCGUUCACCUGCUCAGACUGUGGGAAGGGAUUCACUUACUCAUCUGACCUGAAGGUUCAUCAGCGAGUUCACACUGGGGAGAGGCCGUUCACCUGCUCAGACUGUGGGAAGGGAUUCACUUGCUCAUCCCAACUGAAGGUACAUCAGCGAGUUCACACUGGAGAGAGGCCGUUCACCUGCUCAGACUGUGGGAAGGGAUUCACUCGGUCAUCUAUACUGAAGGCACAUCAGCGAUUUCACACUGGAGAGAGGCCGAUCACCUGCUAGGACUGUGGGAAGGGAUUAAUUUGCUCAUCUAUCCUGAAGGAUCAGCGAAUUCACACUGGCGAGAGGCCAUUCACCUGCUCAGACUGUGGGAAGGGAUUCACUCGGUCAUCCACCCCAAUGGCACACAAGCGAGUUCACACCAGGGAGCAGCCGUUCACCUGUUCUGAUUGUGGGAAGGGAUUCACUUGGUCAUCUCAACUGCAGAGACACCAGUGAGUUCACACUGGGUAGAGGCCUAUCACUUGCUCAGACUUUGGGAAGAGAUUCUCACAGCCAAAUCAACCAAAUGUGCAUCAUUGACUUCACACUGGAGAGUAGCCAUUCACCUGCUGUGAAUGUGGGAAGUGAUUCACUCAGUCAUCUCGGCUUAUGUAACUCUCGCUUCGGCUAGCAGCUUAAUAUAGGGGGUAAUAGCCCCCCCAGCCCGGCCAAACUUGUGAAAUCUCGUUCAGGUGGAUGGUGUGUGAUGUGUCCCCGUUUACAAAUCAGUUCCCCGAAAUAACAAGCAGUACACAAUAUGCAAUUAAACGAUUGAGCUUUAUAAUUCUUACUUUGACUAUAGGGUUAGUAAAGUAAACAAAGAAGAAUGGCCCACUCUCUCCAUUCACGUCUUCUCAUCUCUCCCUUGCGAAAGACCACAUAUUCCCUCUUCCAGACUCACAAGAAAGAUCAUUUCUAUCAUCGGAUAGCCCCGCACUCCAUAACCCGUAUCUCUAGUCAUAAUAUGAACAUUGCUGCCACAGAGAAACCAUUACCUCAGCAGUGAAACAUUACAGAGAGGCCAUUACAUUAGCAGUGAAACCUUACAGCACGUUACACUUGUGACACACUACUGGGAUCACACUGGGGAGAAAGUUUCAAUGAGUUGCAUGCUGGAUAUUUGUCCAUCACCGCUGAUGAAUGCAAUUUCGAGAGUGACUGUCGGUGCUGAACUCUGCAAUUAUUGCUGCUGCUCACCACACCCAGUUCUGCACACUGGUCACUGGCAUGGGAGGAGUUUCUUCUGCUGCAAAUUCACCUUUAAUGUGACUGGAGUUUAAUUUUCUCGAUCUGAGACAAAUAAAUCAGUUUAUUUUAAACUCUGA